CGACACCGUGCUGCUCCGUGAUGGUGAGGCUGCUGCUGACGCUCUCGUGGCUGCCAUCAGGAGACGCUGUGUCUCUGGCCCAGGAGCACCUCCAGGCCUUCCCAGAACCCUCAGACGUGCACUCCAGUCCGAAUGUCUCCACAUUCCAGGAGUUGCAGAAACGCUUCGAAGAUUUGCGGACCAGGCUUCGAGGGAACCACACCUGGGAAGACUCGAACCCUGACCUCAUCCCCGCUGUUCAAGUCCAGAUACUCACCCCAGAGGUGACACUUGGGCCGGACUCCCACGUAUACCUGUACAUCCCCUUGGCCAACCUGACUAUGGGGCUCCCCACUGCCUCCCGCUUGUAUCAGGCCCUGCUCAGGCUGUCCCCGACAGAGUCGGGCUCGUGGGACGUGACGCGGCCGCUGCAGCGUCAGCUCGCUCUCGGAAUCUCCCCGGCGCCCGCACUCCGCCUGCACCUGCUGGCGCCCUCUGACCAGUGGCUGGCAGCAUUGCCCUCUGCACAGCUCCGCCUGGAGCUGCACUGGUGGCCACGCGCCGGAAGGGGGCGCCGCAGCGCACAUGCGCACUUCCGGAACCGCUGCCCUCUCGGAGAGGGGCGCUGCUGCAGCUUGAAGAACCUGCGCGCGUCGCUCCAAGACUUGGGCUGGGAAGGCUGGGUGAUAUCGCCGCGCGAGCUGGACUUGCGCAUGUGCAGCGGCGCGUGCCCGAGCCAGUUCCGUUCGGCUAACAUGCACGCGCAAAUGCAGGCGCGCCUGCACCAGCUGAAGCCCGAGGCCGCGCCUCCGCCGUGCUGCGUGCCUUCCAGCUACGAGCCGGUGGUGCUCAUGCACCGGGACAGCCAAGGCCGCGUGUCACUCAAGUCCUACGACAACCUCGUGGCCACGGACUGCCACUGCGUAUGAGCGGCUUUAGGGCUUCACUGAUGGCACUUGUGCAGUGUAACUGACCUCAGUCCCUGCCUGUCGAAUGGGCUUGUGGGACCUGAAGUACCCUAUUCUAACCACUGAUAUCUGCCCUCUCUCGUCCAAACCUCUGUAUUUAAAGUUGGUAUUUAUUAUUAAUUUAUUGGGGUUAGCAGCCUGGGGACCGAAGGGCUGGGGAGGGCUGGUGCCUUUAUUUAAACUCUGGUAAUAAAAAGGAAGCUGUCUGACCUGACUCGUGUGAUGUCCAAAUAGAGCUGGAGACUUUGGGAAGAGCCCGCCCCUCCGUGGCCUCAAUUCUCACUGGGGAGCUGGUAUAGGAGUGAGUGGGAGCGUUCAGAAAAUGGGCAACAGGGCAUUCUUGGAGAUGACAGGCAAUUGGAUGGUGCUCCUGACACCAGUGGGCCUCAAAGGCAGUUUGGGACAUCAAUUCCUGUCUCUGUGAUUCUCUAGCUCCCUGUUUCUCUGUUUCUCAGCAUCUCUCCUCAUCUCUCAGUACUCCUGUUUCUGGACCAGUUAAGAUAUUUUGGUAUAUUAAAGCUAAAACAGAUUUAGAGACCAAUUCUAACACCCUGUUUUACAGAUGGGGGAA